AUGGAUAAUGAUGAAAAGAUUAUGUUAUUCUUUCAACUUACAGACUCUUCAGAUCCAGCUGAAGCAAUACAAAUAUUAGAGCAAAACAAUUGGGAUUUAGAUGCUAGUGUCAAUCAUUAUCUUUUAUUACAUGACAAUCAAGAUAUAUCGACAUCAAAUAAAUCAAACAACAACAAUGGUUAUAAUGAUAUAUCACAUGGAUAUAGCGGUGCCGCUGGAAGUGGAAGUGGAAGCGGUAGCACCGGUGGAAUCAAAGAGGAUGACUAUGUCGGUUUCGACGAUGAGAAUGUUCGUGCACCGAUUCCAUCGACAAUAGAGACGCUGGUCGACGGUGGAAUCUACGACGAUCCCUACUAUCCUGCGAGUCGUGUUCGCUCGAGUGCCGCGCCGACCACCAACGUCUUUGAGGCGUUCCGUGACUUCUCGGCGGAGGGCAAAUUCGGUGGUGCCAACUCGAUACCCAAGCAAACACCGAAACAACAGCAGUUGGCCAAGCUUUUCGAGCCACCCUACGAUAUUCUCUCGUUUGGAACAUUCAAUCAGGUCAAGAAGUUGGCUGCCGACAGCAAGUUGGUGCUACUCAUUGCACACAACAACCCGGAGGGUGUCGCCUACUGCAGUCUCUACCCGGUCUCUAAAUAUCCACACAUCUCAAUCAUCGAACCACAAACCGGAAUGAAAAAGGCAACUCAUGAAGGAAUGAUUGAUUCAAAUGAUACAUAUAAAUUUUUACAACACUACAUAAUUGGACAAUCAAAAGAAGUAAAGAAACCAAGAAAAUAUACUUCAGAGGAAGAGGAAUUGGAAUUGGCGAUUCAGCGUUCGUUGGGUCAGGACCCUGCUGGUGCGCCAAAGAAGAAACAAGUGAAUCUCGAAGAGGAGGAAGAAGAAGAGUCGAGUGGCGACGAAGCCAAAGCAGAGGAGGAACAGGAGGAGGAAGAGGAUAGCAUUGACGAUGGUUUAGAAAAGUUUGAGAAUCCACCACCAGUCGUAGUUCCACCGAUGACCCAACCCGAUACCAUCGGCACCGUUGGUGACUGUACAAUUCAAAUUCGUUUGCCAGGCGGUGAAAUUCUCAAAGGUCAAUUCGCAGCCAACGACAAGAUUCAGAAACUCUACUACUUUAUCUCUGUAAAGAAAGGAAUCAACAAUUUUGUAUUAUGUACCAACUUCCCAAAGAAAGAACUCUCUGGUGAAAUUUUAAAUAGAACUCUGGCAGAAGAAGAGUUGGCACCAAGAGCAGUUCUAAUCUUGCAAGAGAAAUAG